CAAGAAAUUUUAUCCCUUAGAAAGCAAUGUGAGGCAUGCAAGGAAAAAGAGAAAAAGCAUGAAGCUGAGCAAAGAAGCCUUCAGGCAACAAAACUGACUUUGAAAGAAAGAGAAAAGAAUAUAGAGGUUCUGGAGGAGGCUAUCUCUAAGCUUCAGCAGCACAAGGAGGAGGCAGCAAUGCAGACUAAAGCCAUGCUGCAGAAACUGGAAUACACUGAAUCUUCUCUGCAAGCUAGAGAUCAAGAGAUAGUGUCUUUGCAAGAGCAUGUCCAGGACCUUCGAGAGCAGAAGGAGUUCGAAGGCCAGCAGGCCAAGAAUAUACAGCAGGAUCUAGACAAAAUGAGCCAAAUAGCAGAAAAGAACCAUUUGGAACUCCUCAGGCAGACAGAGCAAAUUAAUGUGUUCGAGCUUCGUGAAGAAAGCAUGAAAGAAGCCCUAAUGGCAUGCCAGAAGCAAGUGAAUCUGCUUGAGGAAAUGGUGAGGAAGAGAGAUGAGGACAAUGAAAUUCUUAUGCAAAAACUCCAGCAUCAAGAAGAACUGAAGACCUUGCGGAGUCUCCAGCUUAAGCUAACCGAGAAGAAUGAAGAAGUUAGACACCACAGAGAGCAAGAGAAGCUCCUGGAAGAAGCCUUACCUGAGAGAGAACGAGAGACCAAGGCUCAAGGUGAGCAAAAAGAGUUAGAAGAGGAAAUAAGACAUCUUCAGGAAGCUUACCAGCAGAUUCAACAGACUCUGACAAAGAAGGAUGAAGAGAUGAAAUGCCAGGAAGACAGAAUCAGGUAUUUAGAGAAGACUCUGACAGGGAGAGAACAAGAGCUUAGGAGGCAGAGUGAACUCCUAAAACAAUUAACAUCAGUUUUGCGAUGGAAAGAUGAUAAGGAAACCCUAAAGAAACAAAUACAGAAACUCCAAAAAUGGGACGAGGAAGCAGAGAAGAGAGUUCUUCAGGAGAGAGACCACCUCUUGAAAAAGCAGAAUGCGCUAAGCCAACAACUGGCAGAUGAGCUGAAAGCAAAGGGGGAACAAUUAGAGCAUGUGAUUGCUAUUUUGAAGCAGAAUGAAAGCGAAGAAAUUGAAUGGAAAGAGAAGACACAAGCACUGAGUCUUGCCCUUGUCAAGAGUGAAAGGACCAAUGGGACUUUGAGGGAAGAAAUAGCCAUCCUGCGGAGUAUGGUCUCCGAGAGGGACAUGGACCGGUUUCAUCUUCAG